AUGGAAACGAGGGACCAUAAAAAUUCAACAUUGAUUUUCAUUGGAGAAGAAAACCACGGUGCGACGGUGACAUCGCCCAAAGAUGAAAUACGGGAAAGAAUUAAAAUUGAAUUUUAUAAAACUUAUGACGUCAUGACAGGAAUUCGUAUCGCUGCCACAUUGGGAGGAUUUUUCAGCAUGAUGAUUCUUUUGGUUCUUUAUAAAAAUUAUUGCAAACCGAGUAAAACUUUGAGCGAAGAACAAUUAAAUGCUGCCGUGACGGCAGCAGCAGAAGAAGAAGAUAGAGCAUUGCAAGCAGCUUUGGAAGCGACGUCAUUUUACACGUCAUUGGAAAAAAGAAGGCAAUCAUUUGAAAAUGCCAAUCAAAUAUUACUUUCGCCAAGAUUUUCAAGCGUCGGUGGCGGUUAUAGUCAUUUGGCACCACCUCUGAGAGUUUCCGUUUGGCAACAGAGAGGAAAAAGUUUACCUGGUGAAAAAUUCAAUUACAUAAAACCUUUUGAAUCGAAAAUGAUGUCAUCAAAUAAUAAUAAUAAUAACGUGUCAUUAACAGGUUCCGUAUUGCAAUUCAAUUCGCCGAACGUUCAACGUACGAGAAUCGGUAAAAUCAACGGGGGUGUUGGCGAUGACGACGACAUGGCUGCCGCGUCACUCGACGAAGGCGAUGAAUUUUACAAUCGUUUACCUAAUUUAACGGAUUGUAAAAAUUAUUUAAACAUAUUUUCGAGUAGAAGAGUUAGUUCCGUCACGUGUUCGAGCGCGGAUUCGGCUUAUUUGGAGAGAAGAUGUUCCGCUUUCGAAAUCGGUCUCCCAUAUUCUCCUCCAUAUUUGCUCAGGCACAGCAGGGAAAAAAUUGUAGAGAAAAAAAAAAAAGAACCUUCGGAAUUUUAUUAUCCCAUCGAUAUUCAGGUACUACUCCCACUCCCAUCAUUUUUCACACCUGAAAAAAAUUUAAACGACGAUUCGACAAUGAGCGGUUUAAAAGUGCCUGGAAAUAACGAACACAUACACACUUUAUCCGUUGCCAGACUCGCUCCUUUGGCAUCAAUUAGUAGCUUGGGAGGUUACAGUCAAUCGACAUCGAUCGCGAGUCAAAGUUUAAACGCGUCUUCGUUUUCAAAUUUUCCGCUGGAUAAUCAGGGAGGAGUAACCGUCGAUGAUUCCGUCGGUAGCGAUUCUGUUUUUUUAGACUUAGAAGAUUUAUCGACGGACACAGAAUUCGAAUACGACGACGACGACGAUGGUUUUGAUGACGAUUAUUCAUUUUGCGAAUCAAAACAACAGAAAAUUGAUGAAACCGAGAAUAAAAAUUUAAAAUUUGCCAGUUUCGAUUCGUACGAUGCUUCCAUAACCGUCGAUUUGAAAACUAAAACGGAGAGUAUCAACAACGAAACCACAGCAAACGAUGAUGAAUCUUCUCUCGCGUGUCAACAACCGACGACAGCAGCAGCGACAGCAACAGCAGGAACAAAACAAAAAAUAAAUUUGAAAAGAUACACGAGUUUAAACGAGAGAGAUAAUAAAAAUCGUCGUAAAAAACUAAUGAAAACUUAUUCUGAGCCUAAAAAUAAUAAUAAGGUACCUAAAAUUUUACCACCCUGGACGGAAAAGGGAAGGAGUGGUUACGUUCCUAAAAGACAAAUGUCAUCUCCGUCGAAAAAAAAAAAAUUUAACACAAAUUCCUCCGUUGAAAAAAAAGAAAAUUUUUUAAAUUCGCCGAAAGAAAAAUCUAUAGAAAAAUUAGAAAACAAAUUUCAAUGUAAUAAUAAUAAUAAUAGUAAUAAUAGUAAUAAAACGGAAUCGAGAAGAGAUGGUGAUGAGAAAGACGCGACCAAAGUCGUCAUUCUUCCACUUCCGGAAAAUACAAUACGUAGCGGUGGUGAUGGUAGCAGUUCCGGUUUCGGUUCCGGUAUUAAUUUUGCCUCUCCAAAUUUUCAGAAGUCUGAUAGCAUAGCGACUUCUCUUCUUUUAACACAGGGUCUAAAAAAUGAUUUGCCUUUUAAACAACAACAACAACAGCAACAAAAAACUCAAAAGCAAUUCAGCCUUCCGUCAGCAAAAGAAAAAAGAAGUCGAUGGUUUCAAAAGCAGAAAAAUUUUAUUGAAGAAAUUAAAAUCGGUACUCAUCAAAUAAAUGAAAAGACUGAUAAUAAUCGAACGGAACGCGAUGAUGAUAAUGAUGAUGAUGAUGAUGAUGAUGAUGGCAAAAGGGAAAAAAAAAAUUCCGAAAUACUUUUGAAACCUCCUCUAUAA